GGUUAGAAUAUGUGUUUACUGUAUCCAGCUUCCCUGGCAACUAAACAGCUCUGAGGAGGGAAAAAAGGGAAAGUGCGGGAGUGGGCUCAAACGGUGAAUGGCAGGUUAGAAGAGGGAAGGGGGCUGGAUCUGUCUCUGUAACUCACACAAGCUGGAGCUGCUGCACCGGCCUCACCACUUACCUAAACCAUGGCUCACAAAAACCACGGCGGACACAGAAAGAUAACAGAACUGCAGAUCAAGAUUGAUGAGCUGCAAAAGACAAACCGAGGCCUUGAAAAGCACAUUGAGCAGCUCGAAGAAAGCAAGGAAGAUGUCGGUAAUCAGCUUGAUAUCCUGACACGUAAGAAUGAGCAGUUAUGUGAAGAGCUGACCGAAAUAGACAAACUAGCAGGACAGCUUGAGAAAGACAAAGAACGGCUUUUGGAUGCUGCAGUGAAAGAACUGGAGGAUGCAAAGAAUGAGAUUCACCAGCACCAUAGAACCAUAGAAAACUUGGAGCACACCAUCAGCAAUCUUACAUCUGAUUCAAGCCUUACUAAAGAACAACUUGAACAUACAGAAGUUUCACUCAGAGAAAAACAGGAGGAGAACAGAACCCUAAAUGCUCUAGUAGAUCAACUCCAAGAUGACCAAAACAGACUACGCAAAAAGAUUGAAAAACUGGAGAGAUCAGAAAAGAGCACAGUCUUAGCAUGUGGGAAGAGUAAUGCUAUGGCUCCUUCUAGACUUGACUCCUUCAUCAAAUCAUUGGAAGAAGAACGAGAUCACUAUAAGAGGGAAGCAGAAAAUAUGAGGAAAAUGCUGCGUCGUCAAAGUCUUAGUCCCAAGCGAGCUAAUACUCAGUCAUUACAAUUAGAGUCUGAACUUAAGAAGACCCUUCGGGAACGAGAUGAGUUGCAAACAAUGCUAGAGAAAUAUGAGCGUCACAUGGCAGAAAUUCAAGCUAAUGUAAAAGUACUGACAUCAGACCGGGACAAAGCCAACACGCUUUAUGAUCGGGCACAGCAAGAGAUAACACAGCUUCGAAGAGAAUUCAUACGAUCCCCUAAGACUCCCAAAUCCAGUCUAACAGCGCAAUCCAUACUGCAGCGUGUGGAAAAUGAACGUGACAUUGCCAUGUCAGAUUUGCGAAGAAUGACCACAGAACGCGACAGUUUAAGGGAGCGCUUAAAGAUAUCACAAGAGACUUCUAUCAGUGACAGGGCUCACUUGGAACAAAGAAUAGAAGAGUACCAAUCAACCAUCCGAAUAAUGGAGAAUGAACAUGUGGAAAAGAAAUCUAAGCUGUCUCUAAUGAAGGAAACCAUGGCAUCUGUGGAGAAUGAACUGAAAAUCCUGACAAGCAGAGCAAUAGAUACAGAAGGUGAAUUAAGCCAGCAGAAGGCAGAAUGUGAGUCACUCAGACUGCUGAAUGGGGAGACUGAGCAUUCGUUGGAAGAGACUCAAAGACGUCUCUCAGCAAAAAUUGGAGAUUUUCAAAUUGCACAAGAGAAACUUAUCAGACUUGAAGAAAAACUUGCUGAACAGUCAAGCCACAGCCUCAACCUCCGUGAAGAAAUUUCUAUUCUUAAGGGUACAAUAACGGAACUGGACAAGGAAAAAGAUUCUCUAAUCUUUAGUGUGGACAAGAAGACUGAAAACAUUUCUACACUGGAGAACAGCAUUUCAAUUAAAGAUGCUACCAUCAAAAGUCUGAGAGAUGCACUUAGUGAAUUGGAAGACAGUGCCCGGCAAUCUGCAAAGACCACAAAGAGCAAUGAGCAAGAGAUUAGCAGGCUGGGUCGAAAGCUGGAUGACAUGAGCGAUGAACUCACAAAGACAGGAAGGGACAGAGAAUCAGCUGUUAAGGAAAAUUCUUCUCUGCAUGACCAGCUUUCCAAAAGCAAACUGAAUAUACAGACACUAAAUAACAAACUAAAGGACUCUCAAAAUGAGCUUGAAGAUACCAAGCUAAAACUCCAGAGUGUGAAAGCUGAAGUUGUUAGACUCGACAGUUUAAAUAAUUCCAAAGAAAAGGAGUAUCGAGAUCUUUUGGAAAACUAUCGCAGAACAUCUUCCCAGGCAGAAAACUGGGAGAAUAAGUUCCGUCAAAUGGAAAGUGAGUGUAGCUCUGCUAAACUGGAUCUCAUGGGUAAAGAAUCUGAACGACGGUUAUUGAAAGAAAGAGUAGAUUCGCUUGAAAAAGAGAUUGAGCAAUAUAUUACCUCAGAACAGUCCUAUAAGUCUCAGGUGUCUAACUUUACCAAAUCCAUCACACGGGCGGAAGAAGAACUUCGCAAGGCAAAAGCUGAGAAAGCAACAAUUCUUGAAGACUUGACAUCUACAAGGGAGCUUUGUGUUAAGCUGGAUACCAGCAAAGAAGUUAUUAACCGCCAUCUUUGCACUAAAAACCAAGACAUUGAGAGGUUUCAGGAUGAGUUAGAAUCUUCACACUCAGAGAUUGAACUUCUCAGGAAGCAACUUGCCAGUGAAAGAAUUUCGGUAAAGAAUAUGGAGACAUUGCUGGUGUCUAACCAAGAGAAGGAAUUCCAGUCCCAAGUACGUGCUCAAGAUCUGGACUCAGAGCUCCAGCUUCUUGGAGACAAACUGGCCCUGGCAGAGACCAAACUUGGAACCCAGAGUCGGGAAGCAGCGCAGCUGAGAAACAAGUUAAAUCAGCAGGAGGCUGAACUAGAAAUGACAAAGAGGCAACUGUCAACUGAACGAUUUGAAAGGCAAGUAGAACGUGCUGUAAAGGAGCUUCGAAGGCAAACAUGUUAUCCGGCAACUUCUACUUUAAGGGAGUCCUUGAGUCCUUCAAGACUAUCACCAGAACGUACAUUUCGACCCUCUGAACGAACAUAUCAGUCCCCUGAAAGAACAUUCCGGUCACCUGAAAGAACCUUCCGACCACCCGAGCAUACCUCCAGGUCACCAGUGAGAAGGCACGACAGGAGUGUGAUGUUCCGAGAGUUUUAGCGUGUGGACGUUGAAUCAUUAUAGCCGAAUAAUUUAGAUCUCAUUAAAGCCUGGAAUGCUUCCUUACUCUGUAUUAAUGUGCAAAUAUAGCUAUUUGCAAGAGGAGUUUUGUAUGUUUUGUUUGUUUUGAUUUGUUACUGGCCAAAGAAACAGCUUGUUUUGCAGAACACUGUAUCCUCACAAGCGUGCUAUGCAAAUUUUAAACGCAAAUCAUUUACAGUCAGUGAGACACAAGUGUUAUUCAAGCCAAUCGCUCUUUCAAAGUGAAUAAGACAGACCAUCAUAGAAAAUAUUCCUCUUAGAUAUUGCAAAGUUAUUCUCUCUCCAUCAGUCUUUGGCUGUUCUACUGCAUAUAGCCCCAUACAUUGAGUCAUUAGCACUAUCUGCAAGGGGCUUGUGCGUUCUCUUUGUGAUUAUGUGGUUUUGUUACUGGUACUGCAUUUUAUGCCAACACUCCAAAAAACAUACAUUGGCUGCUAUUAUAUAUGAAUGUGAUAGGCACCUUAGAUUGUAAGAGCCACUGUGGCAGGGAUAGGCAAAUUUACCCAGUGUUGAUAAAUGAUCCGCCCCAUGCAAAAGAUGGAAACCCAUCAGCUGUUACUUGUGUCAAGCUGUCCUUUCAUUUUAGAAUGUCUUUGGUGCAUCUGAAAAAUGAUUUGCUCAACAGCUUGUGAUGGAAAUUGUUUUCUCCAUACUGUAUUUACGAAAGGGUAUUGUCCAGAUGAUUGCUUCUUUUUCACAUAUAGAGAACUCAAUCACAUAUGUCCUGAAAUGUUUUUUUCUUCUACAGAUCAAAUACAUAUUAUAGUUAAUAUUUGCAAUGAGAAAUUGCUGAAAAGUAACCAGAUCAAGCUUUUUCUCAUGAUGAGGAAGUCUUAAACAUUUGUUGUGCCAACUUUUUUGUGUGUUCUUUGUAAAUUAUAUAUAAAGAUUAUUCGUUGCAAUGAAUUUCUAUGUUGAGCUUUUUUUUCAGAUAUAAUUCAACAUAUAUUUAUUUGAUAAAUUGAAGGUUAAUGUGGUUUGGGAAAGUAAGGUUUUUUUCUGUACUAUUUAAAGUUGAAUAAAAGCUAUUGUUUAUUUUA